AUGGCUUCGACCUUCAGGGCUGCUAAAGAAAUUAAAGAUGAUUGGGGCAACCGCGAAAGGAUUGAUGUGAUUACUACAAAUAUCAAAAGCCUAUUGUCUCAUUUGGACAGCAAACUAACUAAUGCAGAGAAGCAUGUUGACCUGCUUGAGGCUCAUGUGCAUAGAAUACUCUCCCAACAAAAUCACCAGAGACCUAUGCUAACAUCUCCACAACACUCAUCGACUCCAAACGAUUAG